GGGCAGGGCAGGGCGGGGCGGGAGAGCGAGGCUGCGGCAGUGGCAGUGCCGCGGGGGCGAGUGAGUGAGCGAGGCGGACGGACGGACCGACCGAGGGCGGAGGCGACGCUGCGGUGCUCGAGCCGCGCCGAGUGAAGUGAGAUCAUUGCUGCCGAAGAGAUGGCCCUCCCAUUCAAGAAGGACCUGGAGAAGUAUAAAGAUAUUGACGAGGAUGAGCUUCUUGGCAAACUGAGUGAGGAAGAGUUGAAGCAGCUGGAAACCACCCUUGAGGAAUUGGACCCAGAGCAUGCGCUGCUGCCAGCAGGCUAUCGUCAGAAGAACCAGACUGUCAAAUCUCCAACUGGCCCCUUUGAUCGAGAUCAGCUACUCGGGUACUUGGAGAAGGAGGCCUUGGAAUACAAGGAUAGGGAAGAUUUUGUGCCGUUCACUGGAGAGAGAAAAGGAAAGUUAUGGUUGCCCAAGCACAAACCGAUGGAACAACGUAUAGAAGAGAAAGUGAUUCUGGAUCCAGAACUGGAAGAAGCUUUGACCAGUGCAUCAGAUAAUGAGCUCUGUGAUCUUGCAGCCAUUCUUGGAAUGCACACUUUGAGCAACACUCAUUACUGUGAUUCAAUUGGUGGAAUCAAAGGGAGGUUGAACAAUGUUGUCAAAGGUGAGAAGGUGAAACCAGUGAUGGAUGAACCGCCCAACCCAACAAAUGUAGAAGAAAGUUUACAACGAAUAAAAGCCAAUGAUCCUGGGCUUGUGGAAGUUAAUCUUAAUAACAUAAAGAAUAUUCCAAUUCCAACGUUAAAAGAUUUUGCGGAAGCUUUGAAAAAGAAUUCCCAUCUGAAGAAAUUUAGCUUGGCAGCGACCCGGAGCAAUGAUCCCAUUGCCGUCGGUUUAGCAGAUAUGCUGCGAGUAAAUACAGCACUUAGAAGUUUAAAUAUUGAGUCAAACUUCGUCACUGGUGUUGGCAUGCAGUCGAUCAUAGAUGCACUGAAAGAAAAUGAUACCUUAAUGGAGCUGAAAAUUGAUAAUCAGCGCCAGCAGCUAGGUGCAACGGUUGAAAUGGAAAUAGCACAAAUGUUGGAAACAAACAUCUCAAUCUUGAAGUUUGGGUAUCAGUUUAUGCAGCAAGGUCCACGGGCACGGGCAGCUGCAGCCAUAACUAAAAACAACGAUUUACUUCGCAAAAAACGAAUUGAAAGAGAUGGAUAUUAGGAGUAAUCUGGACCCUGUGGCUGCCUGGUGCUCUAUUUCAUCCUAUGGAAGAUCCACUACAGUGUGUUGGGCAAGUUGCCAAGCCUGGGUCAAGGCAUUCAUAUAUUUGCUGUCUGGGUAGAAGGGAAACGACUGGAAUUUAACUCCUCCACUGUUCUAGUAGUACUGUAACAGUAUCUUUUACCCACAAACACACUUUCCUUUCACUUUUUUUCAUGGAACCUCAUAGCACCAAACUAUCUUGUUAUGCAAAAAUAUAUCAGAGUAAAAUAUCCAGGACAGGAAAAAUGUUUGACUUGAAAUUUGCACUGUGCCCAACAUCAAGUAUUUUUUAAUCUUUUAUAAACUGUAAUUAAAAUCAUGCUAAAAUUGUAGUAUCUUGUGCAGUUAAGUGUCAUUUUUUGUACUGCACUUGAGCUUUCAAUGUAACAAAGACAAAAUACUUUUUUUUUUAAAUUUUUGUAUUAAUUAAAAGCUGUAAAGAAGUUUGUCCUGGGAUGCUGAUUUGACCGUACUGUGCGGAGUUAAACCAUGACCACUGAAGGUAUCUAUUGGUUUUUCCACUUGAAUGGGGGAAAGACAGUCAAAGUCUUAACGUGAAUAAUUUCUUCUGACAUGCUGCCAAAAAAGUUACUUACAAAUCUUACAUUCAUUGAUACUGUGCUGCAAAUUGCAUUUUACGACCAAGAUGGUUUGCGUCAAUGGAAACUGUUAAAACAAAGUAAUAAAAUACUUGUAGAUAAUCUGAAUGGACUGUUAGUUGGCAAAAGUCAUAACUGUUUAACCAAAGAUCAAUAAAUCUGGACUUUUUCAGUUUUAUGCUCCUAAUGUAUUAAGCAUUGAAAACUCCAUAUAUUUCCUGUGGGCAAGUUGGGUUGUAUGGACUAAUGAAGCUAAUAGUAUUCGAAGACAUCUAAACAAUGCUCACAUCAGGUGUUAAUGGUUAGUUUAAAAGAAAGAUCCAUGCCAAGCUGCACUGAAAGCUCUAUGCAGUAAAAAUAAUAGUUUUUGCCCUCACAGUUUUUAUCGACAUUAUUUUAAGGUUUGUCUACUGUGUGUAUAUAUAUAUAAAAACCCUGUGGCAGCAUGACUAAUAUAACAGGAAAUAUUCUGAAUGCUAGAAAAUCCAUGCACAUGGCCACAUUUUGUGAUGGGUUGCUCAAAGGAUCGACUUGUGAAUGCUGUGUGACAACGUGCUAGCUAUCCCUUGGUGUUUGUGUGGUUAAGCUAUGUUAUGAUAACACAAUGAAUAGCUAUGUCAUUGUUUGUAGGUCCAUGUAUAAUGGUUUCCCUGUCAGCCAAUGCAUUGCAUUAAUGUGGUGGUUCUUUCAAACAUUCAUUCAUAUAGUGGGAUUUUAUAAAGAAAGUUGUUAACUGCUCAACUGUUUAAAAUUUAAGCAUAAUCUUACAAAAGAUUUUGUCUGAUCAUGAAUGAGAAUGUGACUUGUGGUAAUAAUUGUUCACCGACUAAAUAUGGAUGGUGUGAUGUAAUUGUAUCACAUACCCUUAUUUCUCAACUGGCAAAAUGUCCUUGCAGGUGAUGUAGGUGUUUAAUGAUUAAUAAUUGGUUACAAUCAAAGUAAAAUGCAUAUCUGAAAUGAUCUGUUAAAUGAGGGAAGUUCAUGUAACAAAAGUGCUGUGUGUAUUUAACAUGAACAGCAUUCUACGAAAAAACUGAGGGGGAAUAAUAAAGUUUUUAAUACUUAA